AUGUCCAACCAGGCAUUGAGGUUUAAAGUCAAACAAUUAAAUAGAAUGGAAAUUGAGAUGCUCUUCGCCAAAGGGCAGUACAUCGUCAUGGAAUUAGAGGUUCUGUACAUGCUCAGAAUGUACAUAACUCCCAAGAAGAUAUACUAUGGGAACCUCUAG